UCGUUGUAACCCAAAAUCAUUCGGUUAUGAUAACCGGUCUAGUUUUGCAAAAACAUUUAUCAAGGGUUUAAUUUUUUUGUUUGUUACAGUUGAAUUUUUUUUAAUAAUUCUCUGGUUUUCUUUUAUGCUAGUUCACAAAUUGUAAUUGGUUAAAAAAUGGCCGCAAUUAUUUCUUCACGGAGCUGUCAAAUUCGAGCGAUUGUAAGUCAAAUGUGUCGUGAUGUUAUUCGACCAUCAUUGAGACGUCCUCUAAACACUUCUAUAUUCCAAGCAAGCCAGAGGUUGAAGAUUGAUAAUUUCAAAACUGUUGAGACAAUAAAUAAAACAUCUUACCGGAUGCAUGGUGGUACAUCUCAAAGAAACAGGGUAAAGUUGGAUCCUAAGGUCACUGAGCAGAGAGUAUUGAAAAUUUGCAAAGCCCACGAUCGAAUCGAUGCUAACCAGUUACUCAAAGUGGAUUCAUCGUUGAUCACACUUUCUAGACAUUAUGGACACAAAGCUCCUCUUACCUAUGAUUUUGUUCGUGAUAGAGUCUUACUUGUACUCAGAUUAUAUGACAAAGUUGAUCCCAACAAGCUUACACUGGAGUCACAUUUUAUGAAUGACUUGGGUUUGGACUCAUUGGACCACGUAGAGGUUAUUAUGGCAAUGGAAGAUGAAUUUCAAUUCGAAAUUCCUGACCGUGAUGCCGAAAAGCUACUCAGACCCAUAGAUAUUGUUCGAUAUGUAACUGAUAAGGAUGAAGCAUACUACGAAUUAAGUGAAGAUAACGAGUAUCCUAAAUAAGCAUUUGAAUGUUUAACCAAUGUCUUAAUUUGCAAUUGUUGAAAGAUUGAGGUAAACUGGAUUUCCAAAGAUACAGAGGUAACUCCUGUUUUCUUUGUAAAAAGUGCUGAAAAAUAUAGAUUAAUUGGAUAUUGUUUAUGUAGUCCGAUCAUUCAACAUGAAUAAAUCUAACCGUAACUUAAUUUUUGUCAUCUUUUUUGAGAUUAUAUCUAAACUUAGAACCAUUAAAAAAACCUUUUUUAACAAA